CUAAUCAUACAGUGGAGGGGGAGGGGGGCAUAGAUAUGUAAUGUUACUAUUAGGGUCUCAGAGAGAUGUGGGGAGAGGCAUUGGUUGCAGUACAACAGAAGCCUGGUCCUGUCAUAGUAGAGUCCUGUCAUAGCCCCGGCAAUACUAUAUCACACCCUGAAGUUUGGUUGUGUAUGACACUGUACACACUGCACAGCACCCCUAUGUGAGGGAACAGGCGCUACUGCGUGCCCGCGGCCACUCAAUGAUCACGCUGAAUAACAGUACCGCAGAUUAGCACCAUGCCAUAUCCCGGCUAUUACACCGCACACUUCUCCUUUUAUCUACCCCACUGCAGGUUUAUGUCCGGAGUUAUUAUCCCCCAAAGCAAUCACUUUCUUCUGCGCUUCCUCCUUGCGGUGCUCCCUCCCCGUCUCCUCCUCCCAUUGCUGCCCACACCCCUCCUGCCUCCUCUCCGCCGGGAUCCCCGCCACCCCCCGGCUCUGGGCAGCAGCAGUAGUGAUCGGGGGGACCGCGGUGCAGGUCAGGGGGGUGAUGCCUUAGUGAGGCCGCGGAGAGAGGUCCAUGCCAGCGGCAGCAUGCAGUGCCAGUGUCUGGGCAGGCAGCCGUCCCCGAGCAAGUCCCAGGAGCAGAUCCUGCAGGAGAACAGCCGGAGAGUCAGUAAGGUCAACAGCACCCGCCUGGAUGUGGGUCUUUAACGGCACGAAAAGCGGCCGAAGUCGACAGAUAUAAAAAGACAUGAUGUAUUACAAAUUCAUGACAAGUGAAAGCCAUAUACAGAUGGAGCUGCACCAUUGAUAUUUACAGAUAUUCAGAAUAUUUAUGUAUCCUGAGUGGAACGAUAAAUGUGCAUUGAUGUGAUGGAUAAAUUUGGAGUGGUGUUUUGACUCCCAUAUGGACAUGGUCAUGAACGGAAUGAAUUACGGUUUACAGGAUGAUGAAGACCUGAGGUUUCUCCUGAAGGGAAGCCCACUGUCCAAACUGAAGUCCACGUCAUGGAGAAAGUCACGGUUUUACAAACUGCAGGAGGACUGCCAGACUGUAUGGCAUGACUCAAAGAAGAUCCUGAGGUCCCCUGAUUCACAAACUUUCAGUAUUGAUGAUAUUGAAGAUGUGCGCCGGGGUCAUGAGACCGAAGGAAUGAAGCGAUAUGCCUUGGAUGUCCCAGGCGAUCUUUGCUUCUCCAUUAUCUUUAAGGGCCAUCGGAAGAACCUCGACCUGAUUGCAAAUUCUAAUGAGGAGGCCGCCCGCUGGACUGAAGGUUUAAAUAAAAUUAUGAACAACUCACGGACCAUGAACCAAAAGCAGAAACUACAACACUGGAUCCACACAUGUCUACGGAAAGCCGACAAAAACAAGGACAACAAGAUGAGCCUUAAAGAGUUGAAGAACUUCUUACGGGAUGUAAAUAUCGAGACUGAUGAUAACUAUGCAAAACAUAUAUUCCAGCAAUGUGACAAAUCGAGGACUGGUGCCCUGGAGGAUGACGAGAUAGAGGAGUUUUACCAGAUCCUGACAACGCGAGAAGAAAUAGAGGUCAUUUUUUGUAAAUACAAGGACAGUGAAUAUCUCAUGUCUGCCGCCUCCCUACAGAAGUUCCUGAAGAGUGAGCAGAUGGAGGAUGUCUCCUUACAGCAGGCACAGUCCCUGAUAGACAAGUAUGAGCCGAGUGAAGCAGCUAAAAAGCAGCAGUCCAUGACUAAGGAUGGGUUCCUCAUGUACCUGCUGUCUGAUGAUGGGGACGUAUUUAACCCAGGCCAUAGUAAAGUUUACCAGGACAUGAACCAGCCUCUAAAUCAUUACUUCAUCUCCUCCUCACAUAACACUUACCUGAUGGAAGACCAGCUGAAGGGACCCAGCAGUAGUGAGGCCUAUAUAAGAUCUCUUACAAAAGGAUGCCGGUGUGUGGAGUUGGACUGCUGGGACGGGCCUAAUGGAGAACCAGUCAUUUAUCAUGGCUACACCCUCACUUCCAAGAUCCUCUUCAAAGAUGUUAUAAAAGCCAUACAAAGCUACGCCUUCAAAACCUCUGAUUACCCUGUGAUCAUUUCCCUGGAGAAUCACUGCAGCCUGGAGCAGCAGAAAACUAUGGCCAGACACAUGAAGGACAUCCUGGGAGAUAUGCUGCUAAUGAUGCCCAUUGAAGGGAAAGUGAAGGACUUCCCAUCCCCAGAGCAACUAAAACGGAAAAUCCUAGUGAAAGGUAAGAAGCUCAACACACUGGAAGACAGCUUAAAGAAAGCGGAGAACCACACCACGGAGGCGGAUGAUGUGUCUGAUGAGGAUGAAGCUGCGGAAAUGGACGAUGAGGUUGUAAAGUCUAAAGUGAAUGCCAAGAAAAGUGCGGGUGUGAAGUUGAAGCUUGCUAUGGAGCUGUCUGAAACGGUCAUGUACUGUAAGAGCGUGCACUUCCGUGGCUUUGAGUAUGCAGUGGAGCGUCAGUCGUUCUAUGAGAUGUCAUCCCUCACGGAGAGCAAGGCUCUAAAGCUGGCCAACGAGUUGGCAAACAGUUUUAUACGCCACAAUACACGACAGCUGACCAGAGUCUAUCCUGACGGCAAGAGAACAGACUCCUCCAACUACAGCGCUGUGAACAUGUGGAACGUUGGUUGCCAAAUAGUGGCUUUAAAUUUCCAGACCCCGUGUGUAGAGAUGGACGUGUACCAGGGCAGGUUCCAGGACAAUGGCUUUUGUGGCUAUGUGCUGAAGCCGUCAUUCCUGAGAUACAGUCAGUCUAAAUUCAAUCCAAAGUCUAUUCAGGAUGGAGAGUGGUGGACUCCAAAAAAGCUCAGCAUAAGGGUGAUCUCCGGACAGCAGCUCCCUAAACUGAACAAGAAGAAGAGCUCCAUAGUGGACCCAUUUGUCACGUUGGAGAUAUUUGGGGUGACACGGGACAAUGAUAAGAAGCAAACAAAAGUCAUUGAUAACAAUGGGUUUAACCCCAUUUGGGAUGAGCGUUUUAAUUUUGAAAUUGAUGUCCCUGCCCUCGCUCUGGUGCGAUUCCUAGUGGAGGACUAUGACACCGCGUCACGUAAUGACUUUGUGGGGCAGUACACCGCUCCGAUCACCAGUUUACAGCUAGGCUAUCGGCACAUCCACCUCCUGAAUAAGAAUGGGGAUGUUCUCCCCUCUGCCACUCUAUUUGUGCACAUUAUGCUGCAAGAAAGCAAAGGCUGACGGAAGACUGCAGUGUUUACAGCUUUUAGAGUUUUAUUUUAUUUUACUAACAUUUUAGUUGCCUUUGUUUUAGGUCAGAAUCAUUUUUUUUUUUAAAGUUUUUAUAUUUUAUUGUGUGAAAUAUUUCCUAAUCUGAUACUAGGAGAAGUUAAUAACGAAGACCUAACCUAUUUUUAUAACUAAAAUUAUAUAUGAAAGCACUAGCAAUCAGAAUUUUAUAUUUACAUAAUUAAUCAGUAAAGUAUAUAAUAGAACGAAAAACACAACACCUGCCAACAGAAUUCUGAGGAAGUCACUGAUAAGAUGUGGAGGCGGAGAAACGCGUAAAUUGCCACAUGCCUUACAGCACCUGGGUAUUAAGCACGCCUAGGUGAAGCCUUCAGAAAUUGGAACUAGUCUGCUCCGGAAAUGGCUGCAUAGUGAGGAUAAGAUCCAGCAGCCGGGAGACACACAGCUACAAACACUGCACUUUACUCCAUAUAAGUAAGACAUAGCUAUAAUCUUACUUUUAACUAUUCUUAUCUGCUGCUCUACUACAUUUAAAUACAAAUCCCUGGCCAGGAUGUGAGACAACUAACAGAUUAAAAGUCAGAUGUAUUAAGCCUUGUGAAGUGUUAAAUCAGUGAUAAGUGGAAGGUGAUAAUGCAUCAGCCAAUCAGCUCUUAACUGCCAUUUUUUCAAAUCUGUAAUAAUUGGCUGCUGCUUUAUCACCUUCCACUUAUCACUGCUUUAUCCCUUCUCCAGGCUGAAUACAUCUACCCCGGUGUGAACUAAUUCAUAUUAGGGGGGGAAUUCAAAUGUUUAAAAAGUCGGUUGGGUGUCUGUUUUUUCCUGUCUAUUAGAUAGGAAAAAACAGACACCCAACUGACUUUUCAAACAAUUGAAUAUCCCCCUAAGUCUGCUUUAUUAACAACAAUUGACUAUAACAAAAAUGCUUUUUGCCGCUUUAGUUGGAAAGGAAAAAUGAUCCAUCUCUUCAUUGUGGACACUUUUCCGAGUCUUGUUUAUGUGGAUUUUUGUAUUUUUCUGUUUCAGUAGGUGAAUGUUUAGUAAUAUCGGCCGGUGUUGUGUUUUAUUAUAUUAUAUAUUUUAUUGAUUAAUUAUGUAAAAAGAAAAAUUCUGAUUGCUAGUGCUUUCAUGUAUAAUUAGUUUUCUUUUAUAUAUGUGGGUUGAGUAUCCCCUGGGUUGAAAGCAGCAAGUAAACAAGUUGCACUGAAUACUGAUUGGCGCCAGGAUUAUUCAGCUUUUUUCCAGGCUUUAUUUUUAUAAAUAUUGUAAUAUAUUUUUAUUUUUCAAGCUUAGUGAUAUUUUACAAACCCUUUAGAGUGCCACUGUAUUUGCCUAUUGAGGGCGCAGUAUCAUCUGUUGUACAUUGAUCUGAAAGGGAACUUUGUGCCAAAACCGCACUUUGCACAUCCGUGAUAUCCCCAUGUACCUUGGUAGGCCAUCUAUUAGAAAAGAUAAUUGUAUCAUCUUUUAUCCUAAUCAGAAACAAAACUUUUGUGCCUUGCUAAUUAUCAAUUUGGUAAAAUUAUUCUGUUACUGUGCAUUUGAUAGUCCACGCCUGAUUAAUUUUUAUAAUCUUCUAUGCAAAUUCCAGUAGCUCAGGUAAUAAUUUAAAAAUACAAUAGACGUACGCUAAAAGCCUUAGGCCCAGAUUUAUCAAGCCUCGGAGAGUGAUAAAUUGUACGGUGAUAAAAUUCCAGCCAAUCAGCUCCUAUCUGCCAUGUUACAGGCUGUUUUUGAAAAAUUAUUGGUUGGUACUUUUUCACCGUGCAAUUUAUCACUCUCCCAAGGCUUGAUAAAUAUGUGCCUUAGUAUGAUAACCUAGCUGCAUGUGCCUCAUGGGAACCUACCUUCUGGGAUAGCAUUACCUAAAUUUCUGGUAACACAUGUAAGUCUCAUUACUGCCUUGGAAUUACAUUCAGUCACUGCAGAUACAUCAGAUGUGCUGGUGAUUUUAUUACCUCAUACUGUAUGUGAUCAUUUAUGCUAAUCCCAUCAUUUAUAGCAGUUUCUCAGCUCUGGUAUUCGGGCGCCCACAACCUCUCCAGAAUGGUCACAAGUGAAUUAGUCUAUAGAUUGGGUCAGUGGUUCUCACAAUCCUCGUGACCCAUUGCAGAACCGUGAUCCAGAGUUUUAGCAUUGUAAUUUUAGGUCUAUCCAUAUAGUGCAUUAAUACUAAGGUAACAUGUUAUAAGCCAAGUAGUGUGUAUUUUAUGUUAUUACACAGAAGUAUACAUUAUUUAUUUGUGCAAAUAGUUCUUAACCUACUGUUAUGUUCCCACAGAAUAGGGGUCGUGGUUGAACACGUUUCACGUGUGCGGUUUCUUGUUUCCAUAAUGGGGUUUAUUAGGGAACGUGCUCUACGUUCUUUUAUCCAUUAGGUGUGGUAAAUAACCACGGUAACACUACAGCCUGUGUUCUGCAUGCCAUGUAAAUGUAUCUUACUACAUAUGUCAGGGAAAUUAGUAGAUUUACACCAGAUGAGAAAACUACACUAAUUGACUAUAGCAGUGCUGUAAUGAUACAAUCCAAAGGCAUGCGGAGAGGCACGUUCUGGAGAAACGCGUUAUCUGCGUCCAUAGAAUGGCUGUGUAUACAUGGAUUAGUGUGCUGGAAGGCUGCAACAUGUAUGGAACCUUCUAUGCUAAUUCAUCAUUUUUUUUUAUCAUAGUCGGUAAAAGUAGAGGACACUACGACAUGUAGGAUGUACCCAGCAUGUCAUGGAGUUGGGACUGGCAGGCAAACCGUCCUCUGAUCUAUCCAUUUAACUGCUGAACUAAUCUACUGGCUUCCUUAUACUGUAACUUACAAAAUACCUUCUUCUAGAGAUCUUCAGCCACCGAUGGUAGUGGUUCUAGACAGCCUGUUUGAUGUUCACUUUCAAUACACUACAUACAAGUAAUAUGACGCGUUUCACCCAAAGUUGAUCAACUAUGCAAGAUUUUUUUUGGGGUGAACUUUUUGUACUCUUCUUCAUAUGUGUCUUCUUGCUCUUUUCUUUUACGUUGUAAUAUAAUUAUACGGGGGUCCAAUCACACAUCAAUAAACCCUUGCCCAGUAGAACAAAUAUUGCCCAUGUGAGCGGUCCUUAAGUGACAUCACUACAGGCUGCUAAUGUUUUAAGAAAAUCACUGAUGGAGUACAAGCAGAUUAGCCGCUUGCUGGUUCAGGGACUUAAAAGUAACAAUACACCAUUGUGGGCAGUAGAUAAUAUGCUGGUCGUCUAAUGAUGCAUCUGUUCUUUAUCAGGGCUCUGGAUUAGUCUGUAGUAAAUAUCCAAAAGUUGGGACAGUAAAACCCCUUUUCCAC